AUGGACGAUUUAGCAGAGGAAAACAACAGAAUAUCCGCUCAGGUUACAUCUCUGUCUACUCAGCUGAUGGAGAGUAUCCAGAGAGAAUCGGAGCUAGAAGAAAAACUAAAACAUUUAAAGAAAGUUGCACUCUCACAAGAGGGUUCAAUUGCAAAGUAUGAUAUUUUAAAAGCUGAUUAUGAUAAGCUGAAAACCACCGUGUCAGAAAGAAAUAGAGAAAUACAAAAUCUUCAAGUCAAUUUAAAGGAGGAGUCUAAGCUUCGAUCAUCUGCAGAGGCAGAGGUCGCAACUUUAAGUCAAGAAGUGGAAGAUCUUACUGCGUCAUUGUUUGCAGAAGCUAACGAUAUGGUUGCAGAUGCUAGGAGAGAGAAGCACAUUACAGAGAUUUUAAACACUAAACUUGUAGAACAACUUCGUGAGAAAGAUACGUUACUUCAAACAUUGGAUCUUCAACUUAAGAAUUUGAAAAAGGUGUUGCAAAAUUUCGAAGAUGAAAAUGUUACUAAUAAAGCUUCAUCUAUAGCACCUGACUUUUUAGGAAGUGAGCAAAAAAGUGCAUCAGCAUCUUUAUCAAACGAAGUCGGUGAUCCUUCCAACAAAGGUGUCUACUCACCUUAUAUUUCUACCAUUCGUUAUGAUCUAGCACUAUAUAACGAAUUUUUAAAAUUCAUUGCAGUGUUACCAUAUUGUAAAAACCUGAAAGAUACUUCUUCUGAAUCAAAACUUAUGAGACGACUUAUAAACGACGAAAUCCAGCCAAUACUGAGAAUAGAUAGUGCAAAUGGUAUCGGCUGGCUGGCAAAGAAAAGUAUGUUGACAUUGAUGAUCGACGGGUUAGUCGUUAUUGAACCAUUAAGUGGAGUUAAUGAAAAUUAUCAACUUGGUCAUGUUUCUUCAUCCGAUCAAUCUAAUAGGCCAUCCAUGGAAUCGAAGAGAGAAUCACAUUUAUUUAAUUAUCCUACAGAUUCUCCCCCUGUAGCUGUUCAUGAACCUUGUUCAUUUUGUGGUGAAAAUAGAGAUGACAUUUUAGAACAUGCGAGAAUGCACGUUCUUAAAACGCAAAGUAAAUCGGAAGACGGGUCAAUAACAGUGACAAAUAGUUACCCACUAUGUUCUUGGUGUUUAACAAAAGUUAGACAGACAUGUGAGAUAUUUGCAUUUUUGCGUUCUUUGAAGAUUGGUACUUGGAACUUGGAAAAAGUAACUCUAAACUCGAUAGCGAAAGGUGAAUCGAACAAAUUUACCGAAGUGACGAGGGCUAUAAAAUCAAACAAGCACGGGAAAAGCGAUGAGAAGAAGUUGAAAAGAAAAAGCUUCAUGGUCGGGCUAGGAAUUAAUGCUUCGAGUAACCUGACCCCACAGGUCGAAGUUGGGGCCUCCACAAUUGGAAAUGCUGGACAACCUACUACAAAUAUUCAGAGAGCCUGGGUACAACUAUGUAAAUUGCGUUCAAUGUUACAUUGGACUUAUAUGGGUAUUUGGUCUGUAGAUGAGUCAAUAUCUCUGAAAAUAGGUCCACAGGUAAAAGAUGAUAAUAACGAAAUAACAGGUACCACAGUGGACGUAGCGUCAGUACUGACAGGAAAUACUGAGAAUGUUUCAAACUCUAUCAAAGAUACUGUCUCAGCACCUGAAAGAAACGCCUAUAAUCAAGCCUCUAUUGAUAGUCCACAAUUUGAUGAAAAUAAGACCAAGUCUCAAAACUUGGAUGAUGGUGUCGAACAUUUCAGUACAGAUACUAACUCCAAAAAUGGCAUUUCAUCAAUAACUGUAUCCACAGAGCGUGCCGAAAAUUCAAAUGACGCCGCUGAGAAUGACUCCCCUGAUGGUGAGCUUAGACACCAAAGCCCAGAAACACAAACUGAUACACAUAGUAUAAAUAUACUUGAAGAAUACGAAAAUACAGUUGGCACGGUUUCACAGAUCUCAGAUGGCAGUUCGUCCAGUGAUGAUGAGAAGUUUGAUGAUGCCAAUGAAACCAAGGACAGUAAUUAA